GUGGAGGGUCUCCGCGGCAAAGGCGCAGCCCCCAGCCCAAUGGCAGUGUCCUACAGCUAAGGUCCGCCUCCCGGCUGACCUCCAUGCUCCUGGAGGGAAGGAGCGGCAGCACCUGAAGAUGCGCUGUCUGACCACCUCCAUGCUGCUGCGGGCCCUGGCCCAGGCUGUACGCACAGGACACCCCAGUGCCCGGAGCCUCCACAGCAGCCCAGUGACAGCGACCUACAAGUAUGUGAACGUACAGGAACAAGAUAUGGACAUUAGGUCAGUGACUGACCGGGCAGCUCGGACCCUGCUGUGGACUGAACUCAUCCGAGGCCUGGGCAUGACCCUGAGCUACUUGUUCCGGGAGCCGGCCACCAUCAACUACCCAUUUGAGAAGGGUCCGCUGAGCCCACGCUUCCGCGGGGAGCACGCACUGCGGCGGUACCCAUCCGGGGAGGAGCGCUGCAUCGCCUGCAAGCUCUGUGAGGCCAUCUGCCCUGCCCAGGCCAUCACCAUCGAGGCUGAGCCCAGGGCGGACGGCAGCCGUCGGACCACCCGCUAUGACAUUGACAUGACCAAGUGCAUCUACUGCGGCUUCUGCCAGGAGGCCUGUCCCGUGGAUGCCAUCGUGGAGGGCCCCAACUUUGAGUUCUCCACGGAGACACACGAGGAACUGCUGUACAACAAGGAGAAGCUGCUCAACAACGGGGACAAGUGGGAGGCCGAGAUCGCCGCCAACAUCCAGGCGGACUACCUGUACCGGUGAUGCCCCUGCUGUCCGUCGUCCACCCCCCCAGGGCCGCAGCCCUGCUGCCUAAUAAAGAGCUCUGGCCCCCA